CGAGUCGAGCUGAGCUGAAGUGAGCCAAGCCGAUCAAACCAAGCCAUGGAUCCCCAGGACUGCACGUGUGCCGCCGGUGACUCCUGCUCCUGCGCCGGGUCCUGCAAGUGCAAGAACUGCCGCUGCCGCAGCUGCCGCAAGAGCUGCUGCUCCUGCUGCCCCGCAAGCUGCAGCAACUGUGCCAAGGGCUGUGUGUGCAAGGAGCCGGCCAGCAGCAAGUGCAGCUGCUGCCACUGAGCCACUCGCCUGUGCCUGUAAAUAGCCAGCACACUUCGGGGAUGGGGGGGGGGGCGCACAAAAGAGCUUAUUUUCCAUGUUUUGUAUUUUCUGUACCAGUAGUGUGUAACUGGAUGGAAAUAAAGGAAU